GCCUGUGAUAGACAGAGUUCAGUGCAAAACCAUUAUCGUCACAACUCAGUCAAGCAAGAGGAGGAACCAUGGGCUUUCUUUAUUUCUUUUCUUUAGAAACAUGGAUUCUACUAAUCGCAUUUAUUUGCAUAUUUAUCAUGUAUGGCCACUGGACCUUUGGAGUAUUUGAGAAGAUGGGGGUCCCUGGUCCCAAGCCAUAUAUGUACUGGGGCUCAAUUGGAAGGUUCAACUCUGUUUACUACUUAGAUGACCAUGGGGGCGCUCGAAAGUAUGGAAGAGUAUGGGGCACCUAUGAGUUCAGGAGGCCCGUGCUGGCUGUGAUGGAUCCCGACAUGUUGAAAAUCAUCCUCGUGAAGCAGUGCUUCACCUACUUUACCAACCGGCGGAACUUGCGUCUGAAUGGAGACCUCUAUGAUUCUGUGUCUAUUGCUGAGGAUGAUCAGUGGCGGCGGAUUCGUAACAUCCUCUCUCCCUCUUUUGCCUCUGGUCGUAUAAAAGAGAUGUUUAGCACCAUGAAGCACCACUCCCGCAAACUGACAGACAGCCUGAGGUCCAAGGCAGACAAUGCUGAAGUUAUUGCCAUAAAAGACUUCUUUGGACCGUACAGUAUGGAUGUGAUUGCGAGCACGGCAUUCAGUGUGGAUUUGGACUCAUUCAGCAACCCUUCAGGUCCCCUCAUCAACCACGCCGGCAAGAUGUUCAGAAUCUCCCCUCUACUUUUCAUUUUUCAAGCCUGUUUUCCAAUCUUUCUUCCUCUCUUGGAGCUACUGGGUGUCUCCUUCUUCCCUAAGUCUUCUUCUGAUUUCUGUCGAGCAUUUCUGAAAAAGGUCCGAGAAGAUCGCGACAGGAAUUCACAUCAGGUUCCAAGAGAUAUGCUACAAUAUAUGAUCAACUCUCAGACGGCCAAUAAGGAAAAGCAGAAUAAUGGUCUUACUGAUCAUGAGAUCAAUUCCCAACUGACGAUCUUUUUGCUUGCUGGUUACGAGACAAGUGCCGCCACUCUCUCCUUCUUGGCCUACAAUUUGGCAUUAAAACCAGAAGUCAUGACACGCCUGCAGGAGGAGAUAGACUCUACUUUCCCUGAUAAGGGGCCAGUCCAAUAUGAAGCUCUGAUGCAGAUGGAGUACCUAGACGGUGUCGUCAAUGAGUCCCUGAGGCUUUACCCUCCAGCAGCACGUAUGGAGCGAAUCGCAAAAGAAACUGUCCAGAUCAAAGGAAUCACAAUCCCCAAGGACAUGGGUGUUAUGGUUCCAGUCUAUGCUCUGCACCGUGACCCCGAGCUGUGGACGGAUCCAGAGGAGUUCAAACCUGAGAGAUUUAGUAAAGAGAACAAGCAAAACAUCAACCCGUACACUUACCUCCCAUUCGGUAUCGGGCCAAGGAACUGUUUGGGGAUGCGACUUGCUCUGGUGACAGUCAAACUUGCCUUGGUGGAAGUUUUGCAGCGCUACAGCUUCUCUGUCUGCAAGGAGACAGAGAUACCUUUGGAGAUGGACCCCCAAGGACUCCUAGGAUCUCUACGACCAAUCAAACUAAAAGUGGUGACACGUUCCAACGCAUGAGGAAAUGUGAAACAUAAAGAAAUCUAAAUAAAACAUGAUUUGUAAGAUAAAUCAUAUGACGCACAUGUUAAUAAAUGUCUAUUCAUACAUAAUCCACAUUCACGUCAAUAACAACGAGCAAUAUAUCACACUUAAAUAUCCAGGAUUGUUUUAGCUGUGAAGUUCCUUCAAUUAAAUCUGGACAAAAUUAAGGUCAUGGUUUUUGGCAAUUAAGAGAAGAGGAUUGCUGGUAGUAAACACCUCGAGUCACUCUCAAUAAAAACUAAAUACUAAGUCCAAAACCAUGGCGUGCUGAUAGACUCAGAUCUGACUUUCAGCAGUCAUAUAAAAUCGAUCACCAAAACAGCUUUCUAUCAGCUUAAGAACAUAUUCAGAGUGAAAGGUUUUAUGUCUCAAACAGACCAGGAGAAGCUGAUUCAUGCUUUCAUCUCCAGUAGACUCGACUAUUGUAAUGGUCUUCUGACUGGACUCCCACAAAAAAGCAUUAAACAGCCUCUUAGAUCUACUGACUCAGGUCAGAUAGUGGAGCCCAGAGUUCAGACUAAUCAUGAUGAAGCAGCUUUUAGCUGUUAUGCUGCACACAGCUAAAACAAACUACCAGCUCUUUUAAAGUACUUUAAAUUUUCUUUCAUUCAAUCAAUCUUUCAUUUGUACUGUAUGUCCUUUUAAUGAUUUUGAUACAAAUCAUUAUUUUAGGCUGCACUCUUAUAUUUUAUGCUCUAUUUUAGUCUAGCCUUUUAGUUUCUUUCUCUCUUUCUAUUUUUCUGUACUUUGUUUUAUUUUUGUUAUAAUUGGGUUCUUUUUUUAUUGUAUCUUUUAAUGUUUCCAAUUUUUACUAUAAUUGGGUUUAAUUCAUUUAUCUUUUUAAUUGUAUGUUUUUAUGCUUCCAAUUCUUACUGUCAAAUGUUUGUUUUUAUGUAAAGCACAUUGAGUUUCCCCUGGGUAUGACAUGCACUAUAUAAAUAAACCUGCCUUGCCUUACAGAGCCAAAUACUCAACCAUCUGCUCUCUCAAUCUUUUGAAACAAGGAAUAAGAAAGAGGGUAUAAGCUGUACAAUAAAAAAGAUCAAACAAAGAAGCAACACACCCACAUGCUUAAUGACCAGAAAAACACUCCAGUAUGAUGCAAUGCAGUGCAACUCCUUAGGUGUUAAUGCUAACAUUACAUAUUUAGUUAACCUCUGAAAGACUUAGGUGUAUAUUGUGUUCACACUUCUGUGGCAUUGCAUUACCUUUAAAGUUUAGAUGCCUUUACUUUCAAUGUACUUAAAUAUAAUUAAAUUGCUAGUGCCCAUAAAGGUGUUUCAUUUAAUUGUAUUAGUGGAGAAGCAAAUCAACA